GUUAGAUAUCCCGUCCUUUCAGAGAUGGUUAGGGAUAUCCUGGCAGUUCCAAUCUCCUCAGUUGCCUCAGAGUCUGCUUUCAGUUGUGGAGGUAGAGUGCUUAGUCCGUUUAGGUCUUCUUUGAACUCUAACAUUGUAGAGGCCUUGAUUUGUGCCGAAGAUUGGAUACGGUAUGAAUGUGGUAAGAAUUCAGGCCAAGUUGAUGAUAAAGAAGAAGAUCAAGAACAGAUUGAUUAUGAAAGAGUCACUAGUACCUUUGAAGCUCGAAUGGAAAGUGUAGGUGAUAUGCCAAGUAAUAUACCCAUUGUGGUUGAGGAGGAGGAUGGUGAUGGAGAAGAAGAAAAAGAAGAAGAAGAA